AUGCUUUACAAUAUAAAUCGAUCAAUUUCUUGAAGCGGAAAUGUUACGUACUUUACGGAAAAGUAAGACCUGUGCUGAUGCAUUUAGAUAACAUUAUUAUGAUUUUUUUUGACUAUUCUCGAUUAAUGAGAGUGACGGUUGAACGACUGCCGAUUAAAAUCGAGAUUCCACUGUAGGUAUCUAUUUCAUUUCAAGGCCGAAAGUUGUUUACGUUAAUUAUCUUUUCAUCAUUGCGCUCAUUGCAUCAAACUAAUAUAAUUUAGUUUUCAUUUGAGGUGUGCAUCGCUUAUAGCAACAGUAGCUCCGCAAUGUUGUUUUUAUUAAUUUUUGCGGUGUUAGUGGUACUGUACUAUCUGUAUAUCAAACCGUUCUGGUAUUGGGAAAGCAGAAAUGUACCCUAUCAAAAUCCCGUUCCGCUAUUCGGGAAUAUGUUUAAACCUAUAUUUAAAAAGGAACAACUGAUAUCAAUCGUUCAAAAUAUUUAUACAAAGUGCCCUGAUUCACCAUACUUUGGCUUUAUAAAUUUUAUAACUCCAAUUUUAAUUAUAAAAGAUCCAGAACUGAUUAAAAAGAUCACAGUUAAAGAUUUCGAUGUGUUUUCACGUCACCGAGCUUUUGCUAGUGAAGAUAUGGAUCCACUAUGGAGCAAAAAUUUAUUCGCUAUUCAAGAUUUUCAUAAAUGGCGUCAUCUCCGUGCAACAUUGUCCCCAGCAUUUACAGCCAGUAAACUAAGGAUGAUGUUCGACUUGAUGCAAGAAUGUGCGAAAAAUUUUGUGAAUUACUAUCUCCAAAAAACUGAGGACGUUAUUGAGCUAGAUGUUAAAGACGCUUGUCGGCGUUUUGCAACUGAUGUAAUCGCAACAACUGCCUUCGGGGUAACUUGCGAUUCGUUGAAAAACCAAGAUAACAAAUUUUAUUUAAUGGGCAAGGAUGUGACUAAUUUUGAAGGCAUUAGGGCCUUAAAAAUUUUUGUGUACAAUAGCUGUCCAAAGUUGAUAGAGUUACUACGUUUAAGCAUAUUCGGUCCACAAGUUACAAAUUUCUUUACAAAAGUAGUAUCAGACACUGUCCGAUUGCGUGAAGAGCAGAAUAUCAUUAGACCUGACAUGAUACAUCUUCUCAUGGAAGCAAGAAAAGGCAAGCUCAAGAAAGACAAAUCGAACGAUUUGGAAGUAGACAGUUUUGCAGCAGUAAAUGAAUCAGAAAUUGUGCAAAAGGAGGUCGGAGGUUCGACGCAAAUUACUGACGAAGAGAUGACCGCACAAGCUCUGAUAUUCUUUUUUGGAGGUUUUGAUACGUCUUCUUCGUUGAUGAGCUUUACUUUUGCGGAACUUGCAGUAAAUCCUGACAUUCAAAAGAAAUUAUAUGACGAAAUAAACGAAGUGUCGGAAAGAACAGGAGGGAAAAUAACGUAUGAUGACAUUCACCGGAUGAAAUAUCUGGACAUGGUUACAUCAGAAUCAUUGAGAAAGUGGACUCAGGGAGUUUUUUUGGACCGCGAGGCUGUAAAACCGUAUACCAUUCCCAGGGAUAAUGGGCAGCCACCUUUAAAAAUAGAAAAAGGGGAUCUUGUAUGGAUUCCUGCGUAUUCUAUACACAGAGAUCCCAAAUAUUUUCCAGAGCCGGAAAAAUUCGAUCCAGAAAGAUUUAGCUAUGAACGAAAAAACGAAAUAAAACCAUUCACUUAUCUACCAUUUGGAGCAGGUCCCAGAAAUUGCAUUGGUUCUAGGUUCGCUCUUCUCGAAUCAAAAAUUGCGAUAUUCAACAUCAUACUUAAUUUUGAAGUUGUUCCAACAGGGAAAGUAACGAUUCCCUUAAAGUUGGACAGUCACAAAAUCAGCCC